AUGGAUAGAAUCAAGCAAAAACUCGAUCAGUUCAAGGUUGAUUUAGAGGCUGCAACGGACCGUGCAGAGCUCGCAGAAGAGAAGAACAAGAAGCUGGAGCAAGCCCUCCUCGAGCGCGAACAAGAGAUCCAGUCGCUCCGGCACAGACUUGACCUUGCAGAAGCAGAAAGUGAAAAGCUGGCUGCCGAUCUCAAGACUGCAAAGAUGGCAUCGUCAGAAGGCGAGCACACGAGGAGCAACGCCGACAACUUGUCCCGCAAGGUUCAGCUGCUCGAGGACGAAUUAGACAAGGCAGAAAAGAGUCUAAAGGAGACGACGGAAAAACUCCGGCAAGUAGACGUCAAAGCCGAGCACUUUGAACGUCAAGCUCAGAGUGCUGAGCUUGAACGAGAGAAAUGGGAAAGAAAGUACGAGGAAGCUCUGGAUAAGUGGAGGAAGAGUCAGGCAGAAUUGGACGAGCUCGCUCGUAGCAUGGAUCAACUCUAA